CCUUUGCACCACACUGGCUCUGUUAUUUCCCUGCUGGCAUUGCCAGAGGGAGGUUCCUCAUGUAAAUCCGGUUUGGUAGCUUGCUCGGGGUUAAAAUAAACAAAGGUACUGCAUGUCAUCGGUUUGUAAAACACAACACAAGUGGACUAAAACAGAGGACAUUUUUCACUCUGGAAAAGGUUGAUGACAGCUCAUCUCCUCACAUAAAAGACAAAGCUUCUCCGUAGUGCCGCUCAGGAUUUGAUGCACUAUGCCUUCCCGGGAGAGCCAAGCAUGUCAGAAAAAAAAAUUAUCUGCAUGUGCCAUUACUUUUCUUCUUGCGGGACUGCUGGUGUUUGUUGUCGUAUAUCUGACUCUCUGGAAGGUCAUCGAUUGGGAGGAUCCGACCUGCAGACUGAAAGCUACAGUUGUGACUGAUAAAGCCAUAAUGCAGAAAUGGGACGCCAGCACAAACUUCAGUCAAGCCUGGAGCAACGCAGAGCAAAACGCCAGAGAGCCCGCACACGAGUACAUGGAGAAACAUCAUUCGACGGCCAUAUACAUGUACUCAAAUAUUAUGCUGCAACCUGUCAAGCAAGACCUUGAGACGGCAGAAAGUAAUGGAAAACAACUAAAGGAGACAUUUGAGCCCCGCUCCCUUUAUUCUGCCCUGAGCGAAGCCAUUCAGAUUCUGAAGCACAGUCAGGUGACAUGUCUUAGUACAUAUUACAGAACAGAGACUCUUUUACAUCCCAACAUCUCUAACAAACUGAUUCGGUUCAGCACCUUCGUAUUAGGUUCUGACGGGGGGAACUUUACAAGGAACGCUUCAUGUUUAGAAGUGUACACGUGUUUCGGUGCUGACGUAACACGUUACUCAGCCUUGAAGCUGAACAACCAGGUGCUGAUUCCUCCCUAUGAGGUUUUCAAAGUCACAGACACACAGACGGAUACGCGGAGGUGUAAAGUCAUCUACAGACUGAGGAGCGACCUGAACUGCGUUUAUGAUCGAGAGAGCGAUAAGUUACAUCGAAUACAUGUAUUACCAGAGGACAUGUUUUUUCUCAUUUUUGCCAUCACUUGUACGUUGAUUCUAUGUCUUUUGCUACCCUUGGUUAUUGUGAAGGUGUUAGAAAACUGUAAGAAAACUGCUGUUUGCAGUGCCUCAUCUUACUAGAACUGCACUUACACCGCAGCUAGAGCUGUCGUUUAAAAAGCAAGGUUUCAUUUGAAAUAAAGAUGGUCAUAUGAGCUUUACAAUUGGCAGUAAUCAUAUUGUGGCUUAGGGGGUAGGCCGACAUUUCCAUGUUUUAAGACUUCAUGUGAAGAAAGGAAAAUAUGGUUAUAGUGUUCAUCCUGCCUACUGUAAAAUAAGGUAUACGUGCAACGUAUACAUUUAGGAAAUGUUAAUAGUUUGAUAAUAUUUGCAAAUGGUGUUGGUCCACAAUUCAGACUUACUUUGCCAUGUUGUAAUAAAGUGCUCUGUUGCUCAAUUCACAACUGCUGAAAGUUUCAAGCCUGUUGCAACUCACCUAGCAGCAACGUGUCACGGUAACAAGCAAGCAACUGAAGGGGAAAUCAAAUAUAAAUGAGCCUAAAAAAGAAAGCUCCCUCUCUUCACUAAGAUGUCAUUACCAAAAUGAAGUUUAUUCAAGUGUGCUAUUAGUAUACUUCUUUUUGAACUUAAAAUAAGAGAGUUUACUUUCAGUUUACUUUUUAUGUACUUAUCAGAGAUAUACUC